ACAGCGACAACAAUUGCAUUCUGGUAUACUGAAGCAAAGCGAAGAGAAUACAAGCAUUCAGUGGGAACGAUGGCUCGCAUACGGUUUGUGCUAUUGCAGUCGAUUGUGAUAAAUUUGAUUUUUUUUGCACCAUUUUCCACAUCCACUGAGUUUUCUGACAAUUUAGGCUCAUCACAUCGCCAUGAAACAUCCGAGAAUGAUGAACAGGGGAACAAUAUCGAGAUCAACAAUAAAACCACCAACACACAAACCUCGACACAAACAACACCAACGAAAACGUUUGAGUCCAUAUAUUACAAUAGCGAAAUAAUGGUCAACAAAACGUUAUCGGAUGAGUACUGGUCAGAUGGCAAAAAUUUCACAGUCAGCCAAUUACUUUCAACAUCAGUCCGCAGAGCUAUCGAGGUACCGCUGACAUUUGCCUUUCCAUAUUAUGGCGAUCCCUUGCAUAAUAUAAUAAUUGCAUCUGGGGGUUUCCUGUUUACCGGAGGUAGAGCUCGCUCAUCGUUAACAAGAAUGCAGUACAUUGCACCAUUAAUGAUGAACUUCAACGCCAGUUUAUCAAAUGUCACAACCGUGAAGUAUUCUGACAAUGGAACUGCAUUUACGGUCGUAUGGGAAAAGAUUCCGCUGCAGGAGAAAGCGAAUAAAAUAUUGCGACUUUUCACAUUUGGUGUGACUAUUCACGAAUCAGGCCAUAUAACAUUUGCAUACCGUGUCAUACCAGUGCCAUUAAAUGAGAACUUAAGUAGUGUACUCAAAGUGGGUCUAUCUGAUGGUUAUUCCUUCUAUAAAAAAAUGAAACCUUUAAAUAUUUCUUUCUUACGCGCUGACGAAUAUGAUGUCGUUAAGUUUGAUUGGGAAUACAUUCAAAACGAAACGCUGAUCUAUAAUUCGCCGCGACCAACUUGUUUACAACACACAAAUUGCGAAGCAUGCGUUCAACCAACCGAAAAUAUGUCACACAGGCUUAAAUGCUCAUGGUGUCAAGCAGCGAAAUGUUGCUCUAGCAGAUCUGAUCGCAACAAAAAAGAAUGGGAUAACAAUACUUGUCUAGGUGGCAUUUCAGACGCAGAGUCCUGUCCAGCCCAUAAUGUAAGUCGCUUCAACGAGCAUACAGACAUACUUUAAAAAUAAAUGCUGGAAGCAGAAAACUAUUUAGUUACAUACAUGGAACAAGAUUCUUUGUACUUUGAUAUUGAAAUUGACAAAAAUAAAAACUAGCCUGGCGA